CCCGGGCGGCCGAGCUGCGUGCGUGAGCGCCGGCAGGCACCUUGCGCGCGAACCCUCUGCCAUGGCCAAUCACGGGGCAGAUGAGCCGUCCUCCAGGUCGGGGAGUCCAGACAAGGAAGGCGGGGUCUCUGAGGACCGAUCACUGCUCCGUCAGAGACUGGCCGUCAAGGAGCUCAUCGACACCGAGGUCUCCUACUUGCACAUGCUCCAGCUCUGUGCCUCCGACAUCAGGAGCCGCCUCCAUCAGUUGCCGCAGGGAGAUGUGGACGUCCUAUUCUCAAACAUCGAUGAUAUCAUUGAGGUUAACGGCAGACUUCUGCAUGACUUGCAAGAGACAGCCUCCAAGGAAGAGGAACAAGUGUCCCUAAUUGGUAACUUAUUCCUGGAAUUCCAAGAGGAGUUGGAGCAGGUCUACAAGGUCUACUGUGUCAGCUACGAGCAGGCCUUGCUGCUGGUGGAGGCUUACCGGAAGGAGCCAGAGCUGCAGCGGGAGAUCCAGGGCAUCAUCGAGGCAGUGGUGCCACAAGCUGGAUCUUCAGGCCUCACUUUCUUACUGGUAACCCCUCUGCAGAGGAUUACCAAGUACCCAUUGCUGCUGCAGAAAAUCCUGGAGAACACACCCCCUGAUGCCAGUGCCCACCCCGUCCUUCAGAGGGCUACCUCUGCCCUCCAGGACGUGAACGUCAACAUUAACGAGUACAAGAUGCGCAAGGAAGUGGCCUCCAAAUACACCAGGGUGGAGCAUCUGAGCCUCCGGGAGCGGCUGGCCCGCAUCAACACGCACACCCUCUCCAAGAAGACCACCCGGCUGAGCCAGCUGCUGAAGCAGGAGGCGGGGCUGGUGCCCAGAACAGAAGACAAGGAAUUUGAUGAUUUAGAAGAGAAGUUCCAGUGGGUGUCUCUGUGUGUGACUGAGCUGAGGAGCAACGUGGCUGUGUACCUGGAUAAUCUGGAGGCUUUCCUCGGAUGCAGGCCACACGAAUGCAACCUGGACAUCCCCGGGGGGCCCGUGGUGCAGUAUUGCAACCUGGCCAGAGACCUUCAGCUCAGAGCCUUCCUGAAGUUUAAGCAGCGACUGGAGGGCCUGGUGUGGCGGCCGCUGUGCAGCCUGGCCAGAGCCCUCGUCGGCCCUCGGAACCUAAUCAAGAAGCGUCUGGACAAACUCCUGGACUUCGAGCGGGUGGAAGAGAAGCUGCUGGAGGUGGGCAGCGUGACCUACGAGGAGGAGGCCACCCGGCACACGUACCAGGCGCUCAACUCCCUGCUGGUGGCCGAGCUCCCACAGUUUAACCAGCUGGUCAUGCAGUGGCUGGGCCAGAUCCUGUGCACGUUCGUGGCCCUCCAGAGGGAUCUCGCAAAGCAGGUGCUGCAGAGGGCAGAGGGCAGCAUGGCCCAGCUGCCCCACCACCAUUUCUCCGAGCCGGCCUUCAGGAAGCUGGUGGAGGACGCCCUAGGCCAGACCAGUAACCAGCUCCGCUCCUUUCAAGAGACCUUCGAGAAAGUGCCGCCACCUCCCACCACGCAACCACUCCUUCCAGGGUCUGAGCGCCAGGUGCAGGCCCUCCUGAGCAGGUAUGGCCCCGGGAAGCUUUAUCAGGUGACAAGCAACAUCAGUGGGGCUGGGACUCUGGACCUGACACUGCCGCGGGGCCAAAUCGUGGCCCUUCUUCAAAACAAGGACACCAAAGGCAACAGCAGCCGCUGGCUGGUGGACACUGGGGGACAUCGGGGGUAUGUGUCAGCUGGGAAACUGCAGCCGUACCGCAUGGUCCCCAGUGAGGAGGAGCUCAGAGGGCAGGCGAGGCCACACGGGGACUCCCGACAUCUAACACCAGAGCCCACCUGGGCCCCAGUGCUCUCUGUCCCCACCAUGACCCAGGUGGUGGCAGCGUACGCCUUUGUGGCCAGAAGCAGCCAUGAAGUGAGCCUGCAGGCAGGCCAGCCCGUGACCGUCCUGGAGGCGCAGGACAAGAAGGGGAACCCGGAGUGGAGCCUGGUGGAAGUGAACGGACAGAGGGGAUACGUGCCUUCCGGCUUCCUGGCCAGGGCCCCAAGCCCAGCUCCGUGGGGCUGGAGUCUGCCGUCUUAGGGUGCCCUCCUUGGAGCCCACAUCGCCAAGGGAUUGGGGGGCUCAGAGACUGUGACCCUGGAGGGAAAAGAAGCAAAGAAAAGGUGGGGGUGGAAGGGAAGAGUGGGCCAGGUGGGCGAAGGGCACCCAGAAGGCAGCCAGAAAGGUGGGUGGGACUCGCAGAGCGCUUGGCGUAGGUGGGCACAGAAGGCUCCAGCCAGAACCACUCAUUAUGUCUGCGCAAAGAAGCCGUUCCAAGCUGGGGCUGCAACACCCUGGACAGCAGGCCACAGCUAUGGCCAGGGGUCCUGUGCCUCCCUCUGGGCCUGCCAUGGGAGCGUGAGCCGUGUGCUGUGUGGCUGCGGGGAGGGGCGCUGGUGAAGCCCAGCGCUGCCUGGGCGGGCAGUUCACGUCCUGCGUGUGGUGUCAGGAGAAGACCCCGGACUGACCAGUCAGCUUUGGUUUCUCCGUGCUGGGGGCCGAGUUACCGUGGGCAGUGAAGCACUGGCAGCCCUCUCACGCGGGGAAGCCAUGGGUACGUGCGACGCAGUGGAGAGAUUCCCAGGAGACUCCUGGCCGGGCCUGGGAAUGGGUGUGACCGAGUCACAGUUCUAGAAUAUGUGCAGGCAAAUUCAGAAGCUGUUCCAGGGAAGAGGGGAUUUUGACGGUGCGUUAGGGAAGGUGUGUGAGGCUGUUGGCUGUUUUCUCUGGACCAGGG